AUGAUGGCAACAGACCCCACAGAUCACCCGGUGAAUCCCCUAGCCCAAUUCACCAAGCUGGGACCCUCAGUCUACCUACAAGACCCCAAAGAUACAACACUACGAGAUGGUCGGCCAGUGAUCUUCAUUGCCUUCUGGAUGAACGCCCCGCCCCGCGCGCUCGCCAAGUAUGUCGUCGAAUACAGACGAAUCAUACCCACAGCACGAAUCAUUUUCAUCCGCAGCUCAUCGAAUGACUUCUUCCGUGCUACAGCGAACGCCCAACAGGCCCGAGUCGCGCCUGCGGUGGCAGCUCUCCGCGCCUCUGUGACCCCUGAAACUCCCGCGUUCAUGCACCUCUUCUCGAACGGCGGUGUCUUCGGUACUACCCAUUUGCUCAAAGCAUAUCGCCAGGCGACAGGGAAGCCAUUGCCGAUCUCCUCAAUGAUCAUCGAUAGUGCUCCAGGCACUGCGAGCACUUCUGCCGCAAUGAAAGCCUUCUCUUAUGCGCUGCCCAAGCUGUGGAUUUUCCGCUUGCUUGGCAAAAGUGCCUUAUGGAUCACACUGGUCCUGAUUAAGAUCUACCAGACUAUCACUCGGUCUCCAGAUGCAGUCAGCCUCGCCCGUAAGGCGAUCAAUGAUACCAGUCUCGUGCAAGCGGCCAAUGCUAAGGGGGUUCUCACCCGGUGCUAUAUCUACUCCGAUGCGGAUGAUCUAGUGGAUUGGCGUGACGUGGAGAAGCAUGCUUCGGAGUCGGAAGCGUCCGGCUGGGUGGUGCGCCGUGAGAAAUUCCAAGGAACGCCGCAUGUUGGCCAUAUGAGAGCGCAGCCGGAGCGGUAUUGGUCCAUUGUCAAGGAGUAUCUGGAACCCGCGCAGGCCGCCUCGUGA